AUGCGAGAAUCAUGGUGGUCGGAUCACUAUAGGAAAUCAAAUGGAUACUUCGGAUGCGAGACGACUCGCAAAGCAGGAAAGAUGACAGGCGUCAAUACUUGGUCCUUCUUUGAGGUCAAGCAACUUCCUGAGAAUAUGGACUACUAUUGGGAUAAACUCAACGUAUUUACCAGAUGGGUUGCUUCUACCAAGCAAACAAUCGUUGUACUUUUCGAUCCGGAGUCUGCCAUUCGACAAUUAGUCACGAACUCGCUGUUGAAAUUUAACCCCUCUCUACUGGAAGACCCAUAUUGGGCCUAUCCAACUAUCCUAGACACCGUGGCGAACCGCCAAGAAUCUGCUGUGUGGCUCAUUCGCAACCAGGUCAGAGAGAUUGAACAAAAGCUUCCCGUGCCCGGGGCUAUUCCCAGGGCUGUCCCAAAGCCUGAUUACAGAAAGUUGCACGAUAUUGGGCGCCAUGCGAUCCACGUCUGCGAGACGCUGGAUGUUGCAGUGCAAACGAUAGAAUCAGUCCAAAUGCACCACCUCAGAUUUCUGCAUUCCAACCCUGAAGUCAACGACCUAGCAGUUGACCAAGAUGUCCGCGCUGAGUUGGAAUUCCAUCGAAGUUUCAUCGCAAACCUACGCCAUCGGUCAACCUCUAAUGAAAAGCGAUUACGAAACGAGAUUCAACUAGCAUUCAAUACCGUUGCCCAGCAUAAUGCCGGUACCUCUGUGGAAAUUGGGCGUGCUGCACAGAUAGACAGUUCGGCGAUGAAAACCAUCGCUUUCGUCACUUUGAUUUUCCUACCACCAACCUUUAUAUCUUCUCUUUUCAGCAUGUCCUUCUUUCAAUGCGGACCAGAUAAUGGUUGGGGCGUCUCGAACAAAUUCUGGCUUUACUGGGUCUUCGCCAUUCCAAUCACUGUCGCGACUGGCGUAGUCUGGCAAUAUUGGCACAAUCUCUUCCCGAACGCCGACUACAAGCCGGCCCCUGUCAGAGCCGCCGAAUUGCCAGUAAGAUCUGAAUCCGUUAUGCCAAAUUUGACCAUUGAAGAUGAGAAGGUCUGGGGGUUGUUCAGUAGUAACUGA